GGCGCCCGGGUCUGUCCCCUGCCCGGGGCACUUGGUCCCCAGGCCCCGGCCGCCCCCAGCGCGCUACCGGCCCGGCCGGAGCUUGAAUUCCGCCGGCGGCCGUCGGUGAACUGAGGAAACGUGCAUCCGCCUGGCCGUCGCCGCUGUCCCUCGGGCGGCGGGCUCAGGGUUUGUGCACGCGCGGAGCGAGCUGCCGGCUUCUUCGCUCGGCAGUCAGGACUGGCGCGCGGGUCUGGUGUCUGUCCCGUUCCUCCAGGCGGCGGCCGCGGGAAAGCUGAUGUUUCCGCUCUCCGAAGCAGUGGUCUCUAAAAUCUGGAAAUCGAUUCCUCGACGGGAGGGGAGAAAUUGGGUGGGAAGAGCUGGAGGUGGAGACAGGUUGUCCCCCGGACGCGGGGAGGCUAGAGGAUGCUCUGGGGCGCACUCCCCGGCUGUGUGGCCCGCGGCGUUCGCUCCCGAUCUGCCCUCAGUUUCCCGAUCCGUAAGGUGGGGCUGCUGGCAGUGCCAGCUGUGCUGCGGGACCAGCCGAUGCAGACGGUGCGUGGCACGCGGUGAGGCUCCGUGAGUCGCUGCUGCUGCUGCUGGAGUCCCAGGUCCCUUUUCUCUGAGCGAGGGAAGAGUUGGGGCCGCACCAGGACGGCCGAGCCCUUGUCUGGCCCUGUCUGCUCCCAGUUCCUCAUCUCCCUCUCUGAGGGCGCGUGGGGUCGUUCUCAGGUGGGGCAAGGAUUUCAGAGGUGUGAUUCUGAGGGGUGGACAGCAGAAGGCGCUUCCUCCUGGCUCCCUUUUUCUUCUCUCAGACCUGCCUUCUGGAGUCUCCGCCCAUCCUCUGGGAAGAGCCCAGAAAGAGGACAUGACUGCUAAACAGAGGGAAGCAAGGUCUCAGCCCUUCUACCUCCCCACCGCCACCACUUUCACUGUGUGAUGGGUGGUCCUGGGCGAGAUAGGAUGGCUUGUCAUUAUAGGUGUCAGUGACGUUCGAGGAUGUGGCUGUGCUUUUCACUCGGGAUGAGUGGAGAAAGCUGGGUCCUUCCGAGAGAAACUUGUACCAGGAUGUGAUGCUGGAGAACUACAGUAACCUGAUCUCAUUGGGACUCCCAUUUUCCAAACCAGAAGUGAUCUCCCUGUUGCAGCAAGGAGAAGCUCCCUGGAAGGCAGAUAAGGAAAGUCCUGGAGGCUCGUCUCUAGGAUGUAAGAGCAGUCCUAGAACCACAAAGUCAACUCAAACUCAAGACUCAUCAUUUCAGGGGCUGAUAAGGAAAAGACUCAAAAAAGAUGAACCGUGGAACUUCAUAUCAGAAAAACCCUGCAUGUAUGAAGACAUAUUAAAGAAACAGAAGGACAAAAAUGAAAGUUUACAAAUAAUUUCAAUCACCCAUACGAAAAUCCUUACUUUAGAAAGAAGCCAUAAAAGCAGUGAAUUUGGCCAAAAUUUCAGCCUGAAAUCAGUCUUCAUUAAGCAACAGAGAAAAAUACCCUCAAAAUGUGAAAUACAAAGAAAUACCUUCAAGCAGAAUUCAAAUUUACUUAACCAACCAAAAUUCAAGAUAGCAGAGAAACGCUAUAGAUGUAGUAUAUGUGAAAAAGCCUUCAUUCAUAAUUCAUCCCUUCGUAAACAUCAGAAAAACCAUACUGGAGAGAAAUUAUUUAAAUGUAAAGAAUGUUCGAAAGCUUUUAGCCAAAGUUCAGCUCUUAUUCAACAUCAAAGAACUCAUACUGGAGAGAAACCCUAUAUAUGUAAAGAAUGUGGGAAAGCCUUCAGCCAUAGUGCAUCCCUGUGUAAACACCUAAGAACCCAUACUGUGGAAAAAUCCUAUAGGUGUAAAGAAUGUGGUAAAUCCUUCAGCAGAAGAUCUGGCCUUUUUAUACAUCAAAAAAUCCACGCUGGAGAAAAUGCCCAUAAAUAUAAUCCAGGUAGGAAAGCAUCUAAUUGCAGCGCAUCCCUUCCUGGUUGUCAGAGAAUUCUUCUCAGAAAGAAGUCCUAUUUAUGCAACGAAUGUGGCAACACCUUUAAGUCUAGCUCAUCCCUUCGUUAUCAUCAGAGAAUUCACACUGGAGAGAAACCUUUUAAAUGCAGUGAAUGUGGGAGAGCCUUCAGUCAGAGUGCAUCUCUCAUUCAACAUGAAAGAAUUCACACUGGAGAAAAGCCCUACAGAUGUAAUCAAUGUGGAAAAGGUUUCACUUCUGUUUCACGACUUAAUAGACAUCGAAUAAUUCAUACUGGAGAGAAGUUGUAUAACUGUAAUGAAUGUGGUAAAGCCUUAAGUUCCCACUCGACACUUAUUAUUCAUGAGAGAAUUCAUACUGGAGAGAAACCAUGUAAAUGUAAAGUGUGUGGGAAAGCCUUCAGACAAAGUUCAGCUCUCAUUCAACAUCAGAGAAUGCACACCGGAGAAAGACCCUAUAAGUGUAAUGAGUGUGGGAAAACAUUCAGGUGUAACUCCUCCCUUAGUAAUCAUCAGAGAAUUCAUACUGGAGAGAAACCAUUUCAAUGUCGAGAAUGUGGGAUAUCCUUUGGCCAAAGUGCAGCUCUUAUUCAACAUCAGAGAAUUCACACAGGAGAAAAACCCUUUAAUUGUAAUACAUGUGGGAAAACUUUUAGACAAAGCUCAUCACUUAUUGCACAUCAAAGAAUUCAUACUGGAGAGAAACCCUAUGAAUGUAAUGCAUGUGGGAAACUCUUCAGCCAGAGGUCGUCCCUUACUAAUCAUUAUAAAAUCCACAUUGAAGAGGACUCCUUGAAAAUAGAUUUGCAUGUGUGAAAGCCUUAAACCAAAGCUCACCAGAGUAUACAUAUUUGAGCUAGAUUUAAUAAAUGUAAUGAAUAUGAAAAAACUUUCUAAUUUAGCCCUCAACAGAAAUUAAAACCCAAGGAUAAACCUUGACUAUAUAAUAAAUAUGGGAAAACUUUCAUACCUGUCAGUCAGUUAUUAAAUUAUCUUGAGAAAAUAAUUCACAGUUGCGAAUAUUGAUUUUGCCCAUUUGUAAGAUAAAAGAUGGGUUUUUAUCUAUAUAGCAUUAUAUGCUAUAUACAAUAUGUAAAUGAGAGAAAAAUGAGUGCAGGUAUGCUGGAUUUCUCAUUAGAAAGACGAAUUGUAUAAGUUACUAACAUUUAUUAUAACUGACAUUUAAAGAGCAAGCAGAAGAAUUGAUCUUAAAAAUAUAUGCAUUUUUAAAGCAAAGAACCAAAUAAAAGAUAAAAGCAAACUGUAAACUACCUCUUAGUCUCUGGAAUUUGCCUUUUCCUAAUCUGUUGUCAAACUUUGUGCAUAGUUUUCAUUAAAAAAGA